AUGUCCCGGGACACAGGGGCUGGACCGGACCCGGACCCGGACCCGGACCCGGACCGGGCUCCGGACCCGGACCUGGACCCGGGCCGGGCUCCGGGCCGGGCUCCGGUGGCCUUCGGGCUCCGGGCUCCGGACCCAGACCGGGCUCCGGACCCGGGCCGGGCUCCGGUGGCCUUCGGGCUCCGGGCUCCGGACCCAGACCGGGCUCCGGACCCGGACCUGGACCCGGGCCGGGCUCCGGUGGCCUUCGGGCUCCGGGCUCCGGACCCAGACCGGGCUCCGGACCCGGGCCGGGCUCCGGUGGCCUUCGGGCUCCGGGCUCCGGACCCAGACCGGGCUCCGGUGGCCUUCGGGCUCCGGGCUCCGGACCCGGACCGGGCUCCGGACCCGGACCGGGCUCCGGACCCGGACCGGGCUCCGGUGGCCUUCGGGCUCCGGGCUCCGGACCCAGACCGGGCUCCGGACCGGGCUCCGGACCCGGACCGGGCUCCGGACCCGGGCCGGGCUCCGGUGGCCUUCGGGCUCCGGGCCGUGCCGCGGCUGUUCGAGGAGCUGCAGCAGCCGGACUCCGGCAGCCGGCGCCGGGCUCUGGCUUCUCUCUGCGGCCUGAUGCUGGACCCGGAGCGGCUCCACCAGACCGUCAGAGGAGGUUUCCUGGAGCAGCUGAAGGUUUUGCUAAAGGAUGAAGAUCCGUCAGUCAGAGGAGAAACCUGCAAACUGCUGCACCUGCUGAGCGGCCACAGUGUGGGCAGGGAGGCGCUGCUCUCCUCCUCCCUCCUCCCCCCCCUCUCUCAGCUCCUGGACGACCACUCGUCCUCCUGCAGGACAAACGUCCACCGGGUCCUGAACCGUCUCACCCUGUUGCCUGCAGGUGCAGACGCUCUCCUGUCUCUGGUUCCUAAACUGAUGCUGAAGCUCAAAGAGGAAGAGGAGGAAGAGGAGGUGCAGGUGCUCCUCCUCUCUACCCUCAGCUGCGUCUCCAGGCUGGACGCUCUUCCAGCUCUGUCCUCUGAUGGCGUCUCGCUGGUUGGACACAAACUGUCCCACCGCUCGCCGAGCGUCCGCAGAGAGGCGGCUGCAGCCAUGAUGGCGCUCAGUGUUCCUGAGGACGGGAAGCGUCAGGUGUGUGAGAAGGCGGUACUUCCUGUCGUGGUCGGGCUGCUGCAGGAAGAAGACGUUGAGAUUCAGGCAAACGCUGCCGGAGUCAUCAUGUACACAGUGAUCACCACUGCAGGGAAGCAGCAGUGUCUGGACCUGGACGUCGUGCCCGUCCUCCUCCGCCUGCUCUCCAACCAGAGACGGGAGGAAGAGGAGGAGGCGGAGAGGAGGCAGAGGAGGAAGGCCCUGGUGGUGUACACCCUGCGGGCGCUGACCUCGCUGGCUGAGGCUCCAGACGGCCGCCGCCUCCUGCUGGAGCAGCUCCCCCUGCUGGAGAGUCAGAGCGUGGCCACAGAGGAGGACCAGGACAUCCAGCGAGCUGCUCAGACCGUCAUCAGGGCCGUCACCUGGACCCCCUGA